ACUUCUUUCACGCGUUAUCUCGCUGCAGCGGAGCUCUAAAAAAUUUCUAUUCGCCUAUUCAAACCGCAAAUAGUUCCAAAGCCACCCAUUUCCUCGGAAUGUACAUCCCGGUAUAUCCCCCGUUAAUCAAAUAAACAGCUACCCGGAAUUUUUAUUCGUCAUCUUUCGCGCUAAAACCGUGGAAUCGCGGCAACAGCCGAUCAUAUUUAAGGGAUACGCAGAACAAUACACGCCUAGGUUUCUCUGUAACACUUAAUCCGGACAUCCUGCUACGCCGAGAACAUCUUCAGCCGUGAAAAUAACACGGCAAUUAAUUUCUGAUAAGUCCGACGAUUAUUUCCCGCCGGUUGUGUUCUCACGCGUUCGGUCUGCGAAUAAGUAAACACCGGGAAUCGGUGUAGGUGCGUGAACGUGCACGCGUAUCGCGCGAUCGCGGAUCACCUGCGAUUAAAUCCUCCCGAGGACCUCGCUCUCGCGAGUUCCCAUACCCUAGUUUUCUGCCAGCAGCCGCGGUGUGCGAGCACCGAUCGCGUUUCUCCGUUGCGAAAUUCAUGCGCCGCGAGGCUGGGAUCAGAAAGGAUCGGAACGACCGGCGUUCGUUCGAUUUCAAACGGAAAACCGAUCGACCAGCCGGCCAGGAUCGGUGCACGCCACGCGUACAGUGAAUAUACGUGAUCGUGGACCGAGGAAUCGAUAGCCUACGAGGUGGCAAAUGUCGGAACUGUGGGGAAGGAUCGAGGAGCCGGACGACAGGAGCUCCCGUUCCGACGACUCCAACGGCGAAAUCUUCAAAAAUGUCCCGAAGAACAGCAGCACGUUUCGCAUUUGGAAAAUCGAGGGUUUACGAGUUGCAGCCGUCACCGGAAGUAAUAUGGGAUAUUUCCUCUCGGAAUUGGCAUACAUUAUCUACGCAGUGUCACCGAAAGACGGUCCACUCCCUUAUCCUGGGAUGCCGGUUAAAGACCUGAAAUCGGCACCGGUGGUCCGCGUCAUACAUUUUUGGAUCGGUUCCGCUUGCGACUCCGCGAUUUCCGGCGCAGCUGCUCUUCGCGCGGCCGAACUGGAUUCUCUGGUGACCGCAACGAUCCUCUUGAGAGAAGCGCAAGGUCGAGAAAGUCCGAGAUUCCUGGCGUAUUUUCGGCAGCGUCUCGUUAUCGAGAACUUUCAUUUCGAAGCACCGACUUGCUCGUUGCACCGAGUCACCGGAGUCGGGGUACCCGUGCUAACGGAACUUGAAAAAGUUCACUGGGAUCAUUUCAGUUCCCGGGACGUUAUCCUCGUGGACGUUAUAUCCAAGGGCAUCGUUUUCCUCUGGCUCGGAUCAACAGCGGACCCGUUACACAAGCGACACGCGAUAAACAUACUAGAAGCUAGAAAAGAAAAUAACAAUGGUCACAUCGUCAUCGUCGAGGACGGUUACGAGCAGACUCUACCGAACGGAGACCGGCAACUCUUUGCCAGCAUUUUGGAUCCGUCUACGAGAGUCGUGCAACCCGAUCGUCCCCACAGAGUCAACACGCCAAGCCCUGUCAAGCUAUACAGGUGUAGCGAACAGUCCGGUAAAUACAAGGUGGCGGAAUUAAAAUCUGGACCGAUUCUCCGGUCGGAUCUCACAUCCGAAUCUGUUUAUCUGAUCGAUCGCGGCGAGGCGGGUGUUUGGGCAUGGGUUGGACACAACGUGAAUGCCCGAGAGAAGCUGGAAGCAGUUCGCAACGCGCGUGGAUUCGUGAAGAAGAAGAACUACAGCAACGGCGUGUCCGUUGGUAGAGCUCUCGAGGCCUGCGAACCUACUGAAAUGAAGGCUCUCGUCAGAGGCUGGGAACCAUCGAAGAUGAGGCCGCUCACGUUACCACCGAAUUUUGAACCCGAUUACAUGAACGAGAGACCCAGAAUGGCUGCCGAGUGUCAACUGGUGGACGACGGAACCGGCGAAAGAACUCUUUGGAGGGUAACUCGCAAGGAGGGAAUGGUCCAAGUCGAAGACAAAGGGAUAUACUAUGCGGAGGCCUGCUACGUGAUGUGUUACAAGUAUGGCCAGGGUCGCAGGAGCAGAACCAUCGUGUACUGUUGGGAAGGAGUUCAUUCCAUAAAGGUGGACAGAGAGGCUGCGUUGGAAACAGCUUGUCGUUUAUCGGAAGAUGCCGCCGCUCAAUUAGUGAAAGCAUGCCAGGGUAGAGAACCGCCUCAUUUGCUGCAAAUUUAUGAUGGAAAAUUAAAAAUACUAGCUGGAAAGCAUCGUGAUUCUCCGCCGGAAAAAUAUUUCGUCAGAGUUUUUGGAUCUACACCUUACACGUCGAAAGCGGUGGAACGUCCUUUGAGAGCUAGCAGUCUUGAUUCCAGCGGAGUGUUUAUUCUCUUCUCUGAUAUGCCUGUAGUAUGGUGCGGAGGUAGAAGUACCGGAGACGCUAGGCAAGCGUCUCGACGUCUUGCACCUAGAAACGCGCCUCUGAUGAUAGAAAAUAAAGAAGACAGCGAUUUCUGGGCAGAACUCGGAGGUAAAGGCACUUAUGGUACGGAAACCGUCGACAUCGGCGAAGAGCUUGAAAAACAUUUGUACCAAUGUCAAACGGAAUGUGAAACGUUCGUUGGAGAAGAAGUACUUGGAUUUGGACAGAAUAGCCUUCUCCCAGAGGCAAUUUGGUUGUUAGAUGCUGGAAAUAUAAUAUGGAUCUGGAUUGGAAAGUCUUCAAAUCCUAAAUCAUUGAGAGAAUGCGUACACAACGCUAUGAUAUUUCUUUACACUCAUCCAGCUAGUAGAGAUCGAAAUACAAUCAUUUCUGUUAUUAAACAAGGAAUGGAACCUUCAACAUUUAUAGGACUCUUUGACAAUUGGAAUUACAAUUUCCUAAGAGACUAUAAAUCAUUUGAAACGUUUUAUACGCUUCUGCAAGAUAAAGAAUCUAUAACCAAGAUACAACCGUCCUCAAAGUCAUCGAGUGAUUUCGAUAAUUAUGUGAAAUAUCCUCUUUCCGUGUUGAAAAACGAACCAGAAAAUUUACCGUCUGGCGUUGACGUUGCUCGCAAAGAGAUGCAUCUCACUUUUGAUAAUUUUAUUACGAUUUUUAAAAUGGAACCUGAUGAAUUUGUCAAACUUCCUGCUUGGAAACGACAAAGGUUGAAGCAAUCCGCGGGUCUCUUCUAACUUAUGAAUCCUCCUCUUUUUAUAAUAAAAUUUGUAUGAUAGUCGUUUUAAUAUUAUCACACCAUAUUUCUUGUAUUUUAUUGUUUGAAAUUAAAUUCAUUAAGCGAGAAAACAUAAAGAAUAAAUACCUGUAACUUCAAAUAUCAUA